GCUCCACUGUAUGCUUGUGCCCUGCGAAGUGAGUACAGGUCGAGGAGCUGGAGCAAGGGAAGCAGGCUUAUAGUGUGUGUGUCUGCGUCACAUGAAAAUGCACUCGGAUGCUGUCAAUUUUCAACUGAACUCUCAUCUUUCAACCUUGGCAAAUAUUCACAAGAUUUACCAUACCCUCAACAGACUGAACCUGACAGAAGACGUGGGUCAAGACGAACACCAAACAGAAUGUAUAAGAAAUAUGACUCUUCCAGAAUAAAAGCAGAAGAUGAUGUGUUUUCAAGCAAGAGGUGUUUAGAGUGGUUCUAUGAAUAUGCAGGAACGGAUGACUAUGUAGGACCAGAAGGAAUGGAGAAGUUUUGCGAAGAUAUUGGUGUUGAACCAGAGAACGUAGUAAUGCUUGUUCUAGCUUGGAAAUUGGAUGCACAAAACAUGGGUUAUUUUACUUUACAGGAAUGGUUAAAAGGCAUGACAUCCCUACAAUGUGAUGCAACUGAAAAACUACGACAUUCUUUGGAUUACUUGAGAUCAUUAUUAAAUGAGCCAUCUAAUUUUAAACUUAUUUAUAGAUAUGCAUUUGAUUUUGCACGGCAAUCAAAAUACAAGGUCAUUAACAAGGACCAGUGGUGUAAUGUGCUAGAAUUUAGCCGAACAAUAAACUUGGACCUCAGUAAUUAUGACGAGGAUGGAGCUUGGCCAGUGUUGUUGGAUGAAUUUGUUGAAUGGUUUAAGGAGAAACAGAAGUCAUAGAAGGUAAUGCUUGCUCUCGAAGUCUUCCUGUCUGUUGAUCCACUACUUCAAGCUGAAGCUUUUCAAAUAGUUGCAGGUAUCCUUCAUCUGUAUGCAACUUUGGUGUCCACCAUUCUGAAUAAAGUGUGUUCGUACAAAACACUGCUCCAUUAUAUGAUUCUACACCACCAAGAAUCCUGUAUUCCUCUUCUUCCCCGUUUUCCCAGAAUGCAAUGCGAGGAUCUGUGUGAUUUUCAGGAAAAAAACCUUUUUGAGUUAAUUGUCCUGUGUUUAGAUAAAAAAUAGGAUAUUCUUUAUAUUUGACUUUGUCAAUUGUAAUCCCAGGACGUGGACAUUGGUCUGCUUUUAUUUCUUUUGCAGGCCAUCUCCUUGUCCCCUGAAAGUCCACAUAAUAGCAAUGUGCAAAUGUUGAAAAACACAUUUUUUCUCUGUAUGUCUUAUGUUUCCAGUAUUCUUGUAAAGGCCAAUAAUAUUCCAAA